AUGCCUCGGGGGUUCGGGUUGCCGUCGCUCGCUGAAUUGCCGCAUUCGGACGCCGGUCCUCCCAAGAAGAUGGCCUCGCACCCGCCCAUUCUUUUCACGGCCCCUCGUCCCACGCGAUUGGGCGCUGUCGACUGUCGUCUUACCCAUUGCGGAGGUGGUGCGGACGGCCGCCCUGGAGAUGGCGCAUGUCAUGACAUCCCUCGCAGCAGCAUCCCAUCGCCUACCUGA